CGCGACUGGCUAAUUUGCACAUCUCUCGUCAACGCGUCUUCAACGAAAACUCCAGAGGCCGUUAAACUGUUCAAAGUUGAAAUACCCGCAUCUUAUUUGUAAAAGAUUUGAGACCUGUUUCUGAAGAAGAAGGAUAAAAUGGCUGAUGAUAAUGGACCUCCUCCCAGCUUGCAAAAAGUACGAGCAGCCUGUAAAAAGAGAGGAGCAACUGGUGCCAAAGGAUUAGGAAGAGCUUUCCGAAUCUACGAUGAUGACCACAGUCUUACUCUGAGUCUUGAUGAGUUCAGUACAGGUCUUCAAGACUAUGGGGUCAACUUAUCUGAUGAGGAGUCCAAAGAGUUGUUUGAGUACUUUGACAGGGAUGGUAAAGGCGAGAUAGACAUAGAUGAAUUCAUGGUUGCAUUCAGGAAACCUUUGACAGGUACGAGAUUGAAGGUGGUGGAACAGGCAUUUGCAAAAGCUGACAAGACUGGUGAUGGUGUACUGACAAGUGAAGAUUUGAGGAAAGUUUAUAAUGCUAGAGAACAUAAGAAGUACCAAAAUGGAGAAAUGACAGAAAAAGAGGUGUUUGAGGAGUUUUUAAGGAACUUUGAACCAAAUGAUGAAAAGGAUGGAAAGGUUACACUGAAAGAAUUCAAAGAGUACUACUCAUGUCUUGGAGCAAACAUUGAGAGUGAUGCCUACUUUGAUUUGAUGAUCAGAAAUGCAUGGAAAUUAUAGUCCUGUUUAUCAGUGCAUGCUUUGUAUGGUUUCUCUUAGUUUCAUUUAACUACUCUAAAUUAUGCAAGAACCUUUAGCAGAUGGCUCUAGAUAAAAGAUCAGUAUCUAUAAGCAUCUAAAAAUGAUCGACAAAUUACAAAUCAAUAUGGAAACAGAUGUGCGUUUCUAUCAGGUGUUUUCAGUGGUUACUAAUAGGCUGUGACUUACUGCAGUUUGCUUAGUGUGCCUGCAAGUUUAUAUCUUUUGUUUGACCAAUUAGAUGCUCAAGGGAAACAUUUAACAUUGUAGUCAGAUUUUGUCAUUUUACUCUACGUUUUUCCUUUAAGACUAUUAAAACCAGUUUUGAACAAUCUGCCACUUGAAAGUAAAGUGCUAGUUUCUUGUGACAUUUAUGGCAUUUUAUAGUUUUAUUUGUAAUGUAAUAUGCAUUAAAGGUUAUCAUAACACAAAAUAGUUUAUUGUCAGUGUCAAAUGAAAUCUGGAGUAUUCCUUCAUUAAAGUUAAAGUAUUUCCUUGAUAAUUAUUUCAUAUUGAUGUGAUAUAAGUAAUAACUUGUUAAAACAUACCUAAUAUUUUCAAGAGUGAGACCUUGAGUGCUUUUAGUGGGUAUUGAAAUAUUGUUUUAGUCAGAUAAUUAUUGUUCAGUCAGUUAUUGUAGCAAUUUCUGGGUGAAAUAGAACUAUGUUUCUUGCUCUAUUUUACCCUCUGCAGAAAAAUACAGUUGCUUUAUUUUAUUAUUUGACUUGCAUCUUGUGAAACUGCGGUGAUCAACAACAGUCCUUUCACAGACUAUAUUUCCCUAAUUAAACAAAAGAGGAUAAACUACUUGUAGGACUAAUACUUGGUCUGUUUCUACUGGUUGCUAAGUUCUGAAUGCAAGUUCAACAAUGUACAAGAACACUUUUAUUAUUUUAGAAAGCGUAACAAAAUGUGAUGCUGCAUUCUAACCAUUGAAGAGAACUUUUGGAGACUAGUCCAGGAAGACAUUUGAUUAAGGGUUUUUUGCUCACUGUUGUCAUUUUAAACUUGUAUGAAAUAAAUUUCUUUAACGUGUAAA